CCUGCCUGUGUCGAGAGGCGAGGUCUUUUGGGCGUUUCAGACGGUAACCAAAAAAGAAGAAGGAAGAAGGAAGAGAACCCACCAGCAAUCGCCGUCGCAACCAGCGCCGUCGCACCCCUUCGCCGUCGCACCCGUCGCCGUCGUCAUCUCAGAUUCAUUUGGUUGGCUGCAGCUCAAGCUGCAGGCAUCUAUUAUUCAGGACAGAGCUGCAAUCUUCACUCCCCUGUUAUUUGGAUGCUCUGAUUGAGAGUGGUAGAGAGCAAUUCUGCAGCCAUGUCUGCGACCAAGACUCGGACAAGUAGCUUCUCCCGCAACUUUGCAUCUGCAAACUCAUCUCAAAUCCCCGGACUCAAGCAUGGCCCUAAUGGCACAACGUUUAUUUCAUCUGGGAUACCAGACCUUGAUAAGAUUUUAGGUGGUGGGUUUUCUCUAGGAAGCCUAGUCAUGGUGAUGGAAGAUGCGGAAGCACCUCAUCAUAUGCUCUUGCUUAGGAAUUUUAUGUCUCAAGGACUCGUUCACAAUCAACCCCUUCUCUAUGCAAGCCCAUCUAAGGACCCAAGACAAUUUCUUGGUACUUUGCCUAGUCCAGCAGUACCCAAAGAUGAUAAGUCUAGUCAUCGAGAUCCUGACCAGGAGAAAGGAUUGAGGAUAGCUUGGCAAUAUAAGAAGUAUUUUGGUGAAAAUCAGCACAGUUUUGAUAGUCAAGGUGGAAAACAUGAGUUCUGCAAUGAAUUUGACUUGCGGAAGCCCUUGGAGAGGCAAUUUCUAAGUGGCAAGCAUAUAGAUUGCGUUAGCAUUCAAGAUUCUCCAAAUCUUGUUACCCUUAAUGACCGUUGUGCCACAUUUUUAUCUCAAUUUCCAAGAAGUGAUGGAAGCAUUUCUUCUGUUGGUCGUAUUGCCAUUCAAUCGUUCUGUGCUCCACAGUGUGAAUUUUCUAACAUGGAAUGGGACAUGCUUUCCUUUGUUAGAUCUCUAAAAGGCAUGGUUAGAUCUUCAAAUGCAGUUGCUGUUGUGACAUUUCCACCUAAUCUUCUUUCGCCAUCCUCCUGUAAAAGAUGGCAGCACAUGGCGGACACCUUGCUGUCGGUCAAAGCAAUUCCAGACGAGGACAAGGAAUUGGAAAAACUCCUUACUGGUUACCAGGACAUGGUUGGCCUUCUGAAUGUGCAGAAAGUAGCACGUCUUAAUACACAGGUUCCUGUGAUUCUUGAGGCAACAACCUUGUCAAUAAAGUUGAAAAAGCGGAGGUUUAUGGUUUUAGAAUGUCUAAACCAAGCCCCUAUUGAUGGCUCAAGCGGGAGUUCAUAUGGCACUACCGGGAGUUGUUCUGUGUCCUCAAAAAGUGGGACUCUUGAUUUUUAGCUCCCAACUUCGUAUUCAUUUUAGAAAUGUCAUUGAUAAGAAAUUCAGUUUGUUAAAAGUAGAAUAUAAGAAUCAGCCAUCAACCAUGAUUGCUAAAAAUUCCAAAGAGCCAGGAGUUUCAUGCAGGGCUGCUCUUGUGUAUUCUCAGCAAUUUAGGCCUUUCUUUUUCCUU